AUGGAACCUCGAGCCCGCGCAGGUCGACACAAGGGCAAUCUGAACUUCGGCCCUGAACUGGGCUCCCUCCUAUAUGCCUACGGAGCACCUACACACCCGGACAUCCAGAAGCCGAUCGGCCACUCGUCACGACAAUACAUAUCGGCGCUCCCGACUCCCAACACCACGAACCCGCCCACGCCAUUCAGCCAGCCCUUCCCGGAGACCGUGCGUGUCCUAGACGAGAUCCUCACCGACUUCAUCAUCGAGACAUGCCACAACGCCGUCAGCGUCGCGACGUACAGCGGGCGCGCGAAGCUCAAGCUGUCCGACUUCGAAUUCGUGCUGCGCCGCGACAGUGUCAAGCUCGGCCGCGUGCAAGAGAUGUUCAAGAAGAAGCGCGACAUCGACAACAAGAAAAAACUGUUCGACACCAACGAGGGUCGUGAGGGUACGAAGUUGGCAGUGGGCGAUCUUGUCAACCUCGGCGAGGUCGUCGGCGAGGAGGGCACGGGUAAAGGAAAAGGCAGAGGCCGGGGCCGGAGAAAGAAGAGAGACAGGGACGAGUUGCUGGGUGAUGAUGCUGGUUCGGGUCAGGCUGGUGGGGAGAACGGUGCCGAUGAGGACCUGGAUGAGAGGGCGACUAAGAGGCCGAGGAGUGAGGUCGGUUGA